AUGUCUCUCCGACCCUUCGCAGGACGCGCUCUGCGCCGAUCGCUUCCCCUCCCCGUCUCCCGAUCCCUCUACACCUCCCUCCCUCGCCUCUCACCGGCACCGACCACUCCCCUCGCAUCCUCUACCACCGCGACGCAGCCGCACCCCUACCCGCCUUCCGCCUCUUACCACCCCUCCACCUCCUCCGUCUUCACCCCGCUCGACACCUUCCUCCCGCGUCACCUCGGCCCGCGCGAUGCGGACGUCAAGGAUAUGCUCUCGGCUCUGGGGUACAAGGAUAUGGAUUCGUUCAUCAACGAGUGUAUCCCCAAGGAUGUGCGCGUCAGCCCGUUGAGCGAUAACGACGCCGAUGGGAUCAGGCCGAUGAGCGAGCUGGAGCUGAGGAGGCGGGCGGAGGAAGUCGCGGGGAUGAACAAGGGCAUGAAGAGCUAUAUUGGGAUGGGAUACCACAACGCGAUCGUCCCGCCCGUGAUCCAGCGCAAUGUACUCGAGAACCCCGCUUGGUACACCGCCUACACCCCAUACUCUCCCGAACAAGCCCAAGGCCGCUUGGAAUCCCUCAUCAACUUCCAGACCGUCAUCAUCUCCCUCACUUCCCUUCCCAUCGCCAACGCCUCUCUUCUCGACGAAGGCACCGCCGCCGCCGAGGGGAUGGCCAUGUGCCUCGCCAACGUCCCCAAGGCCAAAUUUACAAAGGGCAAGAAGGUCUUCCUCGUCUCGCCUACGGUCGCGCCGCAGACGAUCGAGGUCCUCAAGACGCGCGCGAGCGGCUUUGGCAUUGAGCUUCGAGUAGCCAAAAGCAACGAGAGUCUCGAGGAGGAGGUGGAGGAGCUAGGGGAGGCGGGUCUCAUGGGUGCGAUGGUGCAGUACCCGGAUGUCAAUGGGGAGGUGGGCCAGUGGGAGGGCGUGACUAAGAAAGUCAAGGGAACGGGGGCCAAGAUGGUCGUUGCGUCGGAUCUGCUGGCUUUGACCAUGCUCAAGCCGCCAGGAGAGUGGGGAGCGGAUAUCGUCUGCGGGAACUCGCAGCGCUUCGGUGUGCCGGUCGGUUAUGGUGGACCCCACGCGGCUUUCUUCUCGUGUACCGACGAGCUCAAGAGGAAGAUGCCUGGACGUCUCGUCGGGCUCAGUAAGGGUGCCAGGGGCGAACCAGCGUACCGUCUGGCACUGCAGACCCGCGAGCAGCACAUUCGCCGAGAGAAGGCUACUUCCAACGUCUGCACUGCGCAAGCGCUCCUCGCCAACAUGGCCGCCAUGUACGCGGUCUACCACGGUCCCGCCGGUCUUCGUCGCAUCGCCGGCAAGGUCCACGCCCUGACCCGUAUCCUCGCCUCCUCCCUCGAAUCCCUCGGCUUCGAGAUUGUCAACAAGACCUACUUUGACACCCUCACCGUCAAUGUGAAAGCCGCCGGCCUUGGUGCCGCACACGUCCACGCUGCAUCCGUCCAGGCAGGCAUCAACUUCCGUCGGAUCGACGAGAACUCUAUCGGUAUCACGCUGGACGAGUCGGUCGGCCCGCUCGACCUCACGGAUAUCGUCAAUGUCUUUUACCAGCUCAAGGGCAAGGCGGCUAUCGAGCCGGACGUGCUCGACCGCCUCGCUACCGAGAUGGAUCUCUCGGCAUCCUCGGUGGACGGUGUGUCCAGCCUCGGCCGGUCUACCCCUUUCCUCCAACAAUCGGUCUUCAACAAGCAUCACUCCGAGACCGACAUGCUGCGGUACAUGAUGCACCUGCAGGAGAAGGACUACUCCCUCGUGCACGGCAUGAUCCCCCUCGGAUCCUGCACUAUGAAGCUCAACUCUACGUCCGCCAUGGUCCCUCUCUCCUGGAAAGAGUUUGGCGGGAUCCACCCCUUCGCCCCCGUCGACCAGGCCAAGGGGUACGAGGUGCUCAUCAAUGAGCUCGAGCGCGAUCUCAGCUUGGUCACGGGGUACGACGCGACGUCCGUCCAGCCCAACUCGGGAGCCAGUGGCGAGUACGCCGGCCUCAAGGUCAUCCAGGCGUUCCACGAGAGCAAGGGGCAGGGACACCGGAACGUCUGUCUCAUCCCUCUCUCGGCGCACGGAACAAACCCCGCCUCGGCAGCUAUGGUCGGCUACAAGGUGGUCCCCAUCAAGGCACUCGCGGAUGGUUCGCUCGAUCUCGAGGAUCUCCGCGAGAAGGCGACCAAGCACAAGGAUGACCUGGCGAGCUUUAUGGUCACUUACCCAUCUACCUUUGGGGUGUUUGAAGAGGGGAUCGAGGAGGCAUGCCAGAUCGUCCAUGAUAAUGGCGGGCAGGUGUAUGUGGACGGCGCGAACUGUAACAGUUUGGUCGGUCUGACGAGUCUGGGCAGAGUCGGCGGUGAUGUCAGCCACACCAACCUCCACAAGACCUUCUCCAUCCCCCAUGGCGGUGGCGGACCCGGUAUUGGCCCCAUCUCGUGCAAAUCCCACCUCGCCCCCUUCCUCCCCACCCACAGCAUCAUCCCUACCGGCGGCUCCACCCCCAUUCCCGCCGUCUCGGCCGCCCCCUGGGGUUCAGCCAGUAUCAACACCAUCUCCUGGGCAUACAUCAAAAUGCUGGGUGGAUCGGGGCUGACCGACGUCUCGCGCAUCGCCCUCCUCUCUGCCAAUUACAUCGCUCACAGAUUGGCACCCUACUAUAACAUCCGGUUCACGAACCGGAAUGGCCGGGUGGCGCACGAGUGCCUGAUCGAUCUGGGAGAGUUUGAGAAGAGCGCGGGGUUGAAGGUGACCGACUUUAGUAAGCGGUUGCAGGACUACAGCUUCCACCCGCCUACCGCUCAGUGGCCCAUCUCUACGUGCUGGUUGAUUGAGCCGACCGAGUCGGAGCCUAAGCACGAGCUCGACCGCUUUAUCGAUGCCCUCAUUGCCAUGCGGAAAGAGGUCGACCUCAUCGUGGACGGCAAGGCGGACAAGGAGAACAAUGUUUUCAAGCACGCUCCCCACCCGCUUGCUGUGCUCUUAGAUGACAAGUGGGACAGGCCGUACUCCAAGCAGACUGCUGUCUACCCGGUCGCUGGGCUUAGGAAGAGCAAGUUCUGGCCCUCCGUCAGCCGGCUUGAUGAUGCCGCUGGAGAUCUCAACCUCAUCUGCGAAUGCGGCUCGACCGAGGACUACGCAUAG